GUCUGACGGGCCCGGUGCAGUUACUGAAAUCAUGAAUCCUGUCUAUAGCCCUGGAUCUUCUGGGGUUCCCUAUGCAAAUGCCAAAGGAAUUGGUUAUCCAGCUGGUUUCCCAAUGGGCUAUGCAGCGGCUGCACCUGCCUAUUCUCCCAGUAUGUACCCUGGAGCAAAUCCUACCUUCCAAACAGGUUACACACCAGGCACACCAUAUAAAGUAUCCUGUUCACCCACCAGUGGUGCAGUGCCACCGUAUUCCUCCUCACCCAAUCCCUAUCAGACUGCUGUGUAUCCGGUUCGAAGCGCCUAUCCACAGCAGAACCCAUAUGCACAGCAAGGCACUUACUACACACAGCCUUUAUAUGCAGCACCACCCCACGUAAUCCAUCACACCACAGUUGUGCAGCCUAAUGGCAUGCCAGCAACUAUGUAUCCUGCUCCAAUUCCACCACCAAGAGGAAAUGGUGUGACUAUGGGAAUGGUGGCUGGGACCACUAUGGCAAUGUCAGCAGGUACUUUGUUGACGACUCAUUCCCCAACUCCAGUAGCCCCUCAUCCAGUUACUAUGCCCACAUAUCGGGCUCCAGGAACACCAACCUAUAGCUAUGUGCCCCCACAAUGGUGAUCAUUCUGGCAGUGUUUGAAGAUGGGAGAUAUGCAAUCAAGUUAUUGAGGUUUAAAAGUUGGUGCUGAAGCCCUCAUGCCUCCAACCAGGACUUUCUUUCUUCUGAAUGCUUUCAACACUUUGCUAAACACUACUAAUUCCAAGUCACUGAAGAUUUUUCCAGUGCUGCAUAUCUUACAUCUUGGAACUCCAGCAGUUAGUCUUAAAGCAAAUCCUGUUUUGUGGACUGUCUUGCAAUUUUUUAGCUAAUUAUAAUGAUAAAAAGGGAGUAUAAACUUAUUCUGAUCCAUAUCUAGUUGAAUGCAUGUUUUAAAAAAAAAAAAGCAACAAAAAAAAAAAGCAAAGCUUGCUCAUGAAGUGACUGGUGCAAAAACCAUAUGCAAAAUCCAAAGGAACCGAAAAGUAUUUUACAACUUGUAUCACUAAUGCACUGUUGUAACAUAUGCAGGGUCUUAAAAGGUAGAAUCGUGAAUGCAAAUUUCUUUGUUGAAUACCAUAAUAUACAUUAUAUAACAGCUUCAACUUUUUUGGAGUCGCCAGUUAAAAGGGGAAAAAUUUAUGUAAGUGAUGUAUUCCAAUUAAAUUCAGCUAGUAUAAAUUGGAAUGGCUGAAAAAUAAGUCUGAAGAGCUGUAGAAAUCCUGCACAGAACUAGUUUUCCACAUUUACCUUUUCAUUUCUAGUAUAUGGAUGCAGUGUUAUGCGAACAUUCUUAAGGAUCAGAAUGGAAAGAUUAAGGAAGUAUUGUGUGACCAGUUAAUGAAAAAUGUGAAUAAAGCAGCUUUCCCUGCUGCCCACAUUCUCAAGGCAAAUCUGUGUCAUUAGAAGAUAUUCAGAUAUCGCAUGAAUUAUGGCUCUUGAAAAGAAUACAUUAAUUAAGAAAUCUUAUGAGGGAGGAUGUGUCAAAAUGAGACUGAUACCAUGGUCAUGGAAUCAAAUUUUCUGUGGCUUCAGUCCAGGAAAUCCAUUCUUUUUUCCCCCUAAAGAAUGUUCUAAUCGCCUGGAAAUGUAUGUGCAGUUGAUGCAGCUUGCUUUUCUAACACUUAAGAAAUGCUUGGGUUUUCCACAACCAACUGGAGCAGUUUAAUUACAUGUUAUCCUGAAGAAAGUUUUUGUGCUUGUUAAGUGUUUUAAAGGGGAACAAACCAUUUUAACACAAUUUCCUUUUAGCUCACAUUAUAUACAAUGUGGUUUAUGGGUGCAGUAUAAUAGGGCUGUCAGAAUGUAGAUUUCAGAAAGAUUUUCCUGGGGGAGAGGGGGUGGAAAAAAGCAAUUGAUCAUAGUGGCAGUCAUUCCUUGGUUACAAAAUUGUUGAUGUAAUUGUUGAGUUUUCCUUUUGUACCUCCUAAGUUGCACUUGGAAAGCAUGUAAAUUAAGACAGAUUGUAGAUUAGUGUUUCAUUGCAAUGAGUCAUUUCUGGUAUUCUUGCUUGCGACUUCAAUUUUUAAAAAAUUACCUCAAAGCAAAUGCUGUGGGGAUAAAGGGCUAGCCUUAGAACCCAUUUGUAUACCAAAAUCAUUAUGGGAAAGAUUUUAAAUUUUUAAAUUUGAAUAUUGCACAAAAAAUCAAGGUUUUCUGAAACCUGCCUGAUUUAUGAUUCCAGUAAGAUGCAAUUUUUUCCAGAUACAUUCUGCCUGCAAUAAAUUAUGCGGUAAAUGGUUAUAAAAUAUUGUUCCCUUUUAAGAGUUUACACAGAUGUUAGGCUGUAGUGUUGUAGUCUGAUUUCCAUCCAGAAGUAUUUCCUUUAAAGUUGUGUAUCUACUUGGGUUUUGUUUUGGGGUGGUCUGCUCCUUCUACAGGUUCGGCAGCUACUUCAUGGUAGCAUCAGUCCUGAUUUAAAGCUGCCGUUCUCAUACUCUAUCCUGGGGGGUGGGGUGGAGGCGGAUGUACCUGAAUUCCCAUUAGAGGCUUGCCUUCCUAAUUAUCUUAUUUUUUACAAUAAGCACUCGGCAUAUUUUUUUACUUCCAUGUUUUGUUUUUAUAAAAUUUAGGAUUAUUUUGCCUGGAUCACUGUAAACAGACUGCCCCUUCUUUCUAAUGUCUUUAACAUAACUAUGGUGUUGACUAUAAGUACUUUAAAAUUUACUCAUGAGCACUUACUACAGCUUCAAGAUUUCCAUAUAGUUAUAUAUGUAGCAGAAAAUUACCCCAAACAAACCAUUUGAACCUGUACUGCUUUGUUCAAGUCUAACAAUUCCAUUUGUGUAGUGGGUUUGCAGCAUUGACUGGUCAGGUGCUCCAGAGACUGUAGUGAACCUUAAUACAGUUUAGCUAGUUUAGAGCGAGAGUUCAUUGUCUUUGUAUGUUUUUAAUAAAAAUAGUUGUGAGGUGUGAAACAGUGCUGGCUUGGGGAGAAGCUAUAGAGAUCAAGUUGUAAGCUUUGCUGUCUCCCAUCUUGUUCCCCAGCGAUAACAGCUUUGGAGACCUAGGGGAGAACUUUCAUGAGUACUGCAUUAGAGAAAUAGUUAUGGAAAGAAUAUAACAUUCUAUAUAUUUGUGCUGACUUCAGAUUCCUAAACGUUUCCUUGGAAUCAUUGUCUCCUGAUAAUACUAUUCUGUAACAUUGAGGGGGUCUCGCUUGAGCACUUUUUUCUAAGUUGCAUUGUAGGAUUCAUACACAAAGGGGAAAUUGUACCUUUUUCUUGUUAAAGGUAUUGCACCUUCCAGAUGUGACUGAUGUAAACAAACAGGAGGUUUAAGCUGUUCUCCAGUAGUUUGCUUAAGGGACUAACCAAAAGCACAGUGGUGGGGGAGAGGUGGUGUGUGUGUAUAUAAACUAUAUUAAUGGUAUUUUGUUGCAAAUAGUGGAAAGCAUGGAUAUGAAACUGGGAUAAAAAUCAUACAUUACACAGUGUGGGUGGCUUAUGAAACAUUUUCUCCUGCUUUUCAUUUUACAUUCCCUAUUUAGAAUCCUGUGUAUAGCUUUACACACGCAGGCAGACACAGGACGUGACUUCUUUGGAGCUCUCAAGAAAACGAAAGGGCAAUAGUGCAGUAGACACCAGUUCAAAUCAAGCUUCUCUGAAACAUUUAUGGCAGCUUUAUAUAAUAGAUUAAAAAGAAUACUACUUUAAACCUGUAACUGAAGACAACUAUUACAGCAAUAAUGUUAAGAGGAAGUUUAACAUAAAUUUUGGCUCUAACGUCAAGUGUUGCAUUUAAAAAAAAUAUUGUUGACGCUUUCCUGUGUUGGUAAACAUCUGAUUGUCUCUUAAAUGUAGCUAUGAAAUCGAGUCAUAUUCUUGAAAAUGGCUA